AAGAGGAUUUAGUUUGGUUGGUUGGACUUGGCCCCCCCGAGUGAUGUCAGUAGAAUAGAAUCCUCUCUUCUCUUCAACAAAAAGCGAAUGAGAGAGAAGAAGAGAGAGACAAGACAAUAAAGCUGACACAGCCACCACUCCGCCACCCCUUUUGCCAGUACUGCGCCACCGGCCGCCAUCUCUGCAGUUGGGUGGAGCCUUGGUAGCUACACCACCUGCUAACAAUUUUCCAUCUCAGAGCUGAAGAACAAAAAAGGGGCAGUUGGCUCUCUUUGGGUUUGCCUUUUCUACAUUCAUCAUUCCUAUUUUCAACAAUUCUCCUCAUCCCGAUUGAAAUUGAAUAAUCAUCCUCACUGUCUCUCUCUCUCUCUCUCUUUACAGAACAUAAGAGAAGAGAAGAAGAAUAUGGAGGAGCAGCAGCGCAGAAAUGAUCUCCACCGCGUGAAGCCAGCGGAGAAUCAGCCUGCGCCGCCGCAGAAGUGCCCGCGGUGUGACUCCGCCAACACCAAGUUCUGCUACUACAACAACUACAGCCUUUCGCAGCCGCGCUACUUCUGCAAGGCCUGCCGGAGAUACUGGACCCACGGCGGAACCCUAAGAAACGUCCCCGUGGGCGGCGGCUGUCGCAAGGCCAAGCGCCUCAAACCCUCCCCUUCCUCCUCCUCCUCAUCCGAGAUGGCCAGGUCUCAGCCGCUUCCCCCCUCUCAACACCCAAUCAGGCCCUUCCCUCCGCAUCCGAUCUACAGCGACGGCGGUUCCUUUCUCUCUUCCUUGGCCGCCAUGCAAUCUUUAUCCACCGCCCAAUCUCAUGAUCACUACUUCCCACCGCGUCCUUCUUGGACUCAAACCUUCAUCAAUACACCUCCCUCCGCCACCGCUGCCCCCACCACCGAUAACCACGCCGCCUCUUCAUUCAACCCGGAUCAUUGGCAGGAUGCCUUUCAUCCAUCAUAUUCUCACUAAAUUUUACAAAUCUAUCUCCUUCUUUAUUAGCUUUCCUUUGGAUUAUUCCCAAAAAAAAUAGAUGGGUUCGGUGUUUUAUGUGUAUAAACAUUGUUGUAAUUAACCAUCUUAUAGUGAUUCAAUUUAAGUUGUGUUAGGUUUGCUUGUUCAACUUUUUCAUCAAAAGUAAAUCGGUUUUUAUGUUA